ACCACAUACGUCAUCGUCUUAGAGUGAUCGCUUCAGGUACUGGAAGUUGCUGCUGGAUGCGACUGUAGAAACGCGUGCCUCACGAAAAUAUUAAGAUGUCGCUACCUGCUCUAUACUGCAUAUAUGGAGAAAUUCAGGAUGUGCUGAAGGAUGUGGAACAGUCAUUGACUUGCAUUCAAUCCAUCAAGUGAAUACGGACACAAGACCCAGCCGAUACGACAAUAAUGCGACUCCGUCAGAGUGUUCAUUUCUUCCUUUUUGGCAUGUUUGUCGGCUUAUCACUGAGUGGGCUCAUUUUCUUGGGCUACACUUCCAGUUGCUUUAGAAAUCAACAAACAGACGAAUUAGGUCGGACGGAUGUUGUUUCUAUGACCCCAUGGUUAGCCCCAGUUGUUUGGGAGGGAACCUUUGACUCCAUACUGAUCGACUCUAUCUACAAACAACACAACAUCACUAUAGCAACCACUGUCUUCGCUUUGGGAAAAUACACACGUUUUCUCAAAGAGUUUCUGGAGUCAGCAGAGGAGCAUUACUUUGUUGGAUUUCGGGUGCAUUACUACUUGUUUACAGAUCAACCAGAAGCAGUUCCUGAAGUAAAGAUGGGUGAAAAUCAUCGUUUGACAGUUCGGAGGGUUCCGAGUAUGGACAGAUGGCAGGACAUCAGUAUGGGCAGAAUGGAAAUACUGGAAAAACUAAUGGAGAAUGAACUGGCCAAUGAAGCUGACUAUAUUUUUUGCCUGGACGUGGAUACAAAGUUCUAUGGCCGCUGGGGGUCGGAGUCUUUGGGUCGUCUGGUCGGUGUGAUACAUCCUUGGUUCUUUGAUUAUCCAAAGGAUCAAUUCACAUAUGAGCGUAGACCAGAGUCUCAAGCAUUCAUUCCAGCUGGGGAAGGCGAUUAUUAUUACACUGCUGCUGCAUUUGGAGGCUCACUGGCGGAUGUACAUCAUCUCACCAAAACCUGCCGGGAGCAGAUGAACAUUGAUGCAACAAACUCCAUUGAGGCGAUAUGGCAUGAGGAGUCUCACUUGAACAAGUACUUCCUUUAUAAAAAACCCAGUAAACUGCUCUCUCCUGAAUAUCUGUGGCGGGACAUCAGUAUCAGUGUGGGCCAAGUGAAAAUAAUUCGCUUCUCUCAUGUAGCUAAAAACAAUGCAGAAGUUCGCCCAAACUAGCAUCUUUGUGAAAGUUUUAAUUCACAUAAUGUUGCUUCACAAAAAAAAUAUAAUUUCGCUUUCCCUUAGUUUUGAGACAUAAACUGGUCAAAUUGGUUUAACAAAGCAUUAUGAACGAUUAGUAAAUCACAAAUCUGAGUCAAAGACACGUUGCAAGCACAGGUUUCCACAAGGAAAUUUCAGUUUUAAAUAUGACUGAAUAUGUUGGAUACCUUGUUAAAUCCUGAUUAAAUAAUGUGCCAUAAUUUUUUUUUUUUUAUGAUUGGUAAGUCAAUAAAUAUGCCACGUGUGUAAUAUAAUGGUCUUGUGAGCUGUGAAUCAGUACUAGAUGUAUACCCAGAUAGCAUGGUGACAUUGAAAUGUUGAGUUUUGAUCCAAACCAUCAUUGAGAUUGAUAUUGUUUAAGGUUUAAAGUGUGUUGGAUCAGCAUUGAAAUUUUGAUGAAAGCUGACAGCACACAUGGGUGGAGACAGUGACAUUGAACUAACAGUAACGACCACAAGAUCAUGCAGGUAUCUCUGCAGAACACUAGUGGGUGUUUCCCAAUCAGUGGGGCGUUUUCAAACCACAAUGGGCUUUUCAACCGCUUUACUCGAUUUGCGCUAAUCCACUGGGGGCUUGGUGUAGGGGUGGGCCUUCAUGAUUUUAGCAAGUCUGUUGAAAAUGUUGAAAAACAUCCAUUGUAGUUUGAAAUUGGCCACUGAUUGGUAAAUGGCCAUUUUGGUUUUGCACAUGCAUUUCACAGUAGUCUAAUUAAUUCCUCCUCAUUAAAGAGAAAACACUGGUGCAUCCUAUAGAGUAGUCUUGUUUGGUGAACUACCUGACUUCUCUGGGUUUCAAACAAUGGUGCAUCUUUCUUAUUUCUGUUCUUUUUUUUGUGUGUGCUUGUUAUUUGCAUUUGAUUUGUUACUGAAUCUAAUAAGAUAUAUUUAUAUAAAAAAUGUAUUGAAUUACUUGAAUAAACCAUCCAUUUUCUAAUUCUUAAAGUGCACACCUCUUGCUUUAGUAAUAUUUAUUAGGAAUUUUAUGAUUAAAAGCAAGUGACAUGAACGUGAGCAGGAAUAUCAUACUUUACACAUAGCCCAUGUAUUGCAUCUAUUACUCAAUGUUUGCAGAGUACAUUGCCUUCUUUCCUUUAAUAUGGAUGAAGGCAGAUGAGGAUGGACAAUUAAAAAAUGAGAAGCACGCUUUUGAUAAAUGUGACAUAUAUAAUACAUUGAGUUGUAGUCGAUAGGAUUAUUACCUGACCUGGGACUUGAUGCUAUCCUGUGCCUUAUCUCCUGCUCCCUCAUUACCGCUUAAUCAGGUAAUCAUUCAUAUUCCUGAAUCUGUAUUAAAUGAGGAAUGUAACUAAUCUCCGUUCAGUUUAGCCUGUUUCCACUGAAAUACAAUCACAAAAAAACUGCACCUUGUGUUUAAGAAAAUGACUGACAUUGCUAUUUUGUGAUAUUUAAACAGAUUGAGGUCUACAUAAGGUGAAUCUGCAGCUUUAAAGAAAUGUUCGUUUAAAAAAAACCCAAGCUCUUUUAUUCUACAAGAUAAACUUACUUGAAUGUGUAUGUAGUUUCACAUAAAAUGAACUGUGAUUUAUGUAAUGCCCAUAGUUCAGAGGUGUUUGUCCAUUUUGCCCCACUCUUAAAGAAUUUAAUUUUCUAUCUCUUUGUCACUGAUUGUGUUAAACUGACAAAUAAACUAAACUGACUCAAUUGCUGGAAAGGUGUCAUUUAUAUUUUAAAACGUUUUCCCAAAAGUUUGAAAUGGUCAGAAAUUUGUACAAUGAAGUGUAGCUGAAUUAGUAUUAAUGCUGUUCAGAACAUUAUUUUAUGUUGACAUUUCUGUUGUCUUUUCAGUGUUUCAACAAAAGUGAUUUAGAAUCAACAUCAUGUUAACAUUGAUCAAACGAUAUUACUAAUGAUUUAUUUUUGUUAAUUUCACCAGUAAUGUUGAAUCAACACCACAAUGUUGAUGCAUUGAUGUUACCAUUGAUUAUUUUUGUUAAUUUCAGUAUUGAUUCAGCAUCAGUGAUGUAGAAUCAAUCAUAGUGUAAUGCUGAUUCAAUAGCAUUACCAUUGUUUUUUUGUUUUGUAUUUUUGUUCACCAUUGUUUCAACAUUAAAUGUGGAAAAACGCUUCAUAAUGUUGAUUCAAUUAUAUUAUCAUUGAUUUUCUUGUUGAAAUCUCAACAUUGUUUCAACAUUAACUGAAAGUACAAAAGUUAUGUUGAAAAAAUAUCACUUUGUAAUGUUGAAUCAAUAAUAUUACCAUUGAUUUGUGAUUGAAAUCUCAACAUUGCUUCAACAUUAACUGAGGGUGCAAGAGUGAUACUGAAGCAACAUCACCUCGUAACGUUAAUUCAAUGCAUUUAAUGUUGAGUCAGCGUUGAUGCAUCAACACUGACUCAACAUUGUUUCAAUGAUUACAUGCUAUCUGGGUACUCAUAUAAAACAUCUAUAAAUAUUUUUCUGCUCUACAUUGCAAAUCAUGUUUUUAAGCGGGUUUCUAGCAAGAAAAGAUUGUAACAUUCUUAAAACAACAUUCCGAGAAGCAACUAAAAUAUUAAGACUUGCUUUUUGCAUUUUGUCUUCUAUUUACAAUUCAUUGAAUAUCCCACAAGCUGUAAUAUGCCAUUCUAGUGUCUUUAGGUUUCAUUUCACAUGCAUUGCAUUUGUAAUGUUAUGUUUGUACUGUAAUAUUUGUAUUAUACCACAAUAUGUGUGCACUGUAAAGUCCUGAGAUUGUAUUGCAACCUGCCACUCCUGUAAUUCAAUCCUCUUGUUUGCCCACCUGUCCCAACUAUUUAAUAUGUGGGCAGAAAACCUUAGAAUGUUUGUUAGUCUAUCAGAAUCAAUGAUGCUAUUGUGUAAAUAGUUUUUUAUUAAUUUAUUUUGAAGGGAUGGAUUCUGGAAUCCACUGCCGCUUCAAUAUAUAUCUUUUAAGUUAUUAAUCAACAUAUAUAUAUGACUUCUUCAA